AUGGAAGAAGCUUUUCGUAUUAAUCAAAGAAAAAGUCGAAAAGCAAGAAAUGAUGUAGCUGUUCAAGGUACCAAUGACUCAAGUAUCUUAUCAAAAGUAUCAAUGGUUAAACUUGGGUAUUUUAAUGAUUUAUUUCUUCGAGAAUUUGUUGAUAAAGAUGUAAGACGUUCACCAUCAAUCAAUCGAGGUUAUUACAUUAGAAUGAAAGCAUUAGAAUAUGCUUUAAAUAUGUUUUAUACAGUUUAUGAUCAAAAAGAAGUACAGAUUGUUAAUUUAGGUGCUGGAUUUGAUGCAACUUGGUUUCGAUUAGAUGACGAACGAAAACAACGAACACAUUUUAUUGAUAUUGAUUUCCCUGAAGUCAUGCAACGUAAAUUAGCAUUAAUAGAAGUUCGUUCUCGUUUAAAUGAACAAUUCGAACCAAUUCAUACAUAUAGUUCAUUAGAAAAUUUCGCUGUAACAAAUGAAAAAUAUUCAUUAAUUGGUGUUGAUAUGCGAGAUCCUUUAACUCUAAAUACACUUUUACAAACAGUUAAAGUUGAUGAAACUAAACCAACUUUAUUAAUAAGUGAAGUUGUUUUAACAUAUAUGGGUCGAUCAAGUUGUAAUCGUGUUAUACAAUGGAUACUUGAUUUUUUUCAAGAAUGUAUUUUAUGUACUUAUGAACAAGUUUUACCAGAUGAUGGUUUUGGUCAAGUUAUGGUUGCACAUUUUGCUAAAUUAGGUUCACCAUUAAAGUGUAUUCAUCAAUAUCCAACAAGUGAAUCACAAGUUCAACGUUAUACUCAUUUAGGUUUUGAUGUUUCACUUUGUGUAAAUAUGCAUAAUUUUUAUCGAAAUUAUUUACCAAUUGAUGAACAUAAUCGUAUUGAUACAUUAGAACCUUUUGAUGAAAUUGAAGAAUGGCAAUCAAAAUGUGCUCAUUAUAUACUUUUAUUUGAAAAUUUAAUUAAUAAUAAUAAUAAUAAUAAUCUAAAUGAUGAACAAAUUAAACCUAAUAUUCAAUUUGAAAGUUAUCCAACAACUAUGACUUAUGCACAACGCUUUGGACAUCAAUCUAUAUUAAUUAAUGAAAAAUAUGUUUGGACUAUUGGAGGUUUUGGAACGGUUGAUGGAAGACAUAGAAGACUAAAAACUAUUGAAGUAUUAAAUAUUGAUAAUGGAGAUAUUCAAAGAUUAGAUAAUCACUUACUUGGUGAACACGUUUUUCAUACAUGUCAUCAAUCAGAUAAUUUAAUAUUCUCAUUUUUUGGUCGUAAAAGUCCUGGAACAUUAAAUUCAUAUACUUCAAUUGAUAUAAACACUCUUCAAGUUACAAAUUUCAAUGAGGAUGAAAAAAUACUUCGACGAUGGCGUCACUGCUCUUGUUAUAUAAAAGAAACAAAUAAAAUAAUUAUAUUUGGUGGUUAUUUAAAUAUGUCAAAAUCAACAAAUGACAUACUUUGUUUACAAUCGAAUGGUCAACUCAUACAAUCUCAAUUUUCACAAACAAAACCAACAAAUCGACAUUCAGCUCGUUUAAAUGCUUAUAAACAUUUAGCUGUUCUUUCUGGUGGUUUAUUAGAAAAUGAUGAACCAACGAAUGAAAUUUGGUUAUUAGAUACAUCUAAAGAUAUUAUGAAUUGGACAUUACUUCAAACAAAUGGAAUAAUUAUACCAAGAUAUUCACAUAGUGCAGAGAUUAUUGAUGAUACACUUUGGUUAUUAGGUGGAAUGAAUGCUAAUGAACGUAGACCACCAGGUUUAUGUAAAAUUAAUUUAAUAACUGGUGAAGCUAUCGAGUAUAUAAUACCGACAAUGUGUAAUGAACAACCGAUUAUACUUUAUAAUCAUCAAACAGUACUUUUGAAUAAAACAACAUUUCUUAUAUUAGGAGGCGGUGGAAAUUGUUUUUCUUUUGGUGCCCAUAUCAAUCAACCGAUGAUUCUUAAAUUUGAUCAUUUAGUAAACUGA